CACGUGACACAGAGGACAGGAAGUCCAGCUGCUAAGCAGAUCAGCUGCAUCAUCAGCCGGAUCGUUCAUAUUUCCACUGAGGUCAUCACACACAGAAGAUGUUCCGCAGAUCUACGAGCAGAAUGACCGGUGCUCGGCCACAGCCGGGAGGAAAGUCACCAGAACAACCCGGGAGCUGAAGGCUCUGCUCAAGAGAAAUACAAGAACUGGUGUCAAGUAAAAAGGCCGGGUUACAAAGUGGGAAAGCUGAAUUACAGAAAGGAGCAGGAUCAACUGGGCAGAAUUAAAGGGGAUCACAGAGGAAACAGCUGAUAGUGUCUCAGAAGCUCGUCCCCAUGGACCCAGGUCUCGUCUCCAGAGACGACGGUCGUCCCUCCAUCCCCGACACCGACGCCCAAUCAGGGACGUCUGGUGAGAAUCCCCAAGGUGAAACCAAAGCCCGUGCAGUGAUCAAGAGGUACUACGGCGUGAUGGAUGAUGAGGGCGCAGAUGAUGUCUUCAUCCCACCACCUCCUCUUCCUCCCUCCUCCAGUGCUCUUCUGCUGCCAGCAGAGGGCAGCACAGGUGGAAUGGUAAAUAAUUCCAGUGUGACCCAUUCAACUGGGGCAACUGACGCCACAGAAGAUAGAGCUAAUCCCAGCGGCUUAGACUGGCAUCAUGGUGAGAGGCAGUCAAUGGCAGCACAGACCAAGGUGGAUGAGGUAAUAGCCACAAAGACACAGACUUCUGAGGAGUGCAUGGACGCCACAUCACUGUCCAACAUCGAGGUCCUCACGCCACCAACUGAUGAAGACCAAACAUCUAGUGAGGACACUGGCUGUCUGAUGGAAACCUGCCAUGAGACAUCAGGGAAAGAAUCAGAUGAAGAAGCUGGGGAUGUUGUGAUGUGGGAGGAAACCGAGGAGGAUAUUUGCAGUCUUACGGAGACAGACUCAAAACCAGUGAAAGAAAAUGUUGACUGUGACAGAGCGGAAACAGAUGUACCAACGCUACCUGGUCUAAUUGGGAAAGAUGAUGGUUCAGAGCCCAGUGGACCAAACACCAGUCAGCCACAGGUACCAGAGACUCCUGCUGAGGAAACCGACAGCGAUGAAGAGCACGUUGACACCAGAUCUUUGAGCUAUAAACUGACGAAGAGUGCCUGGGUGAGGAGAGAGAGCGGCAGCAGCGAAACACAAGUGUCCCAACAGCCCACCUCCGAAGUCUCUGAAGGGACGACGACGACAAAGGGAGAGACGGGAGACGGCAGCAAGAGAAUAGCAACAGAUAUCCAACAGGGAGAGAAACUGCUUCAACGUCUGCAGCUGGUGCAGCGACGGCAGGAUGGACAGAUGAUGGAGGUGGCCCAAGAAACAAGAGGUAAGGAACCGGGGGAGUUUGAGACAGAGGUGGAUCCAGGAGAAGUGAAUCUGACGGAUGGAACUGAGAUGGAAGAGAAGAGAAUUCACUCUGUUGUGGACGAGGGAGCAAAGGGGAAUGUGACAGAGAAGGAAAAGAGCGAGAGUAAAAAAGAAAGAGUGUCUUUGUCCACAAUGUCCGACGAUGCAGAAGAGGCUGAUGACUCCCAUGAUGAUCAAAGUGACAGAUGGGAGCCGGCAGAUUUGUCUCCAAUCGACCCUCAUGAAAACCCCAAUGUUUCAUCCCAACACCGAUUCUCAGCUGCUGAAACCUCCGUGGAGAAACAGAUCCAGGAGGAAAACCAGGCCAAGCAGAACCUGCAGAGAUCUGGAGCUGUGUUCAAUCUCACAGAUAAUCCAGAUGUGCUGGAGAUUCCCUUUAAGACCAAUAUCUUGCUUGAGCCACUCCCCUCCCAGGUGGACCAGCGCAGCGAUUGGCAGUUCUCUGAGCACAAGAUGCAGAAGGAGAUAAGUCAGGAGAUCCAGAGAGAACUGGUGCUGGUCAACCAGGGGAAGAUCCCAGGAGGGUACAGCAAAGAAGAGAUCCGCAAGUUAGAGGAGACCAAGCUGCUGUUUGAGGCUUUCCAGCAGGAGAACCCCGAGGGUCCAACUAGACUCCGGAAACAUCCCACCACACUAAUAAGAGGUGAUGCUAAUCCCUCUGUGCUGGAGCGCACGUGUAGUCUAGAGAGGUUUUCCCUGGAAAGGUCCCUCAGGCUUCACGAAUCUGAAACCUCUGAGAAGAUAGAGAAAAGUCCUGAAUACCUGAGAUCCAAAAGCCCAACUGGGGGUUCACGAGACAAAACACGCUUGUCCCCUUACGCAAAACAAGACAAGCAUCUACGCCUGUGCAGAAGCAUGGACUCCAUUAGCUCGGAUGUUUCCACGUCCGCUGCUGAGGCGAGGAGCAAAACCAGGGAGGGACGAGAAUCUCCGAUCCUCCAGCGAAACCCCUUCUUCAAGUUGCGUCCAGCCCUGGCUCUGCAGCCGGAGGUGGAGAAGGACAUCCGACAGGCCCGAGAGAGAGAGGAGGAGCUUCGCAGACAGAGGUGCACUCUGUACGGAGAGGACAGGUCGAGCAGCCAGGACGAGGAGAAGUCAGGAGUCACAAAGACGCUUGUAGCAGACGUCAGGAAACAGUCCAGGGGGAAACUGGAGCGCGUCUGGCCACCGCCCUCCAGGAAAGACCAGCAGAAAUCGGAGCAGUCGCAGCAGGAGCCAAAGGUUCAGCGAGCCGGAGGUCAGAAGGCUCCUCUGUGGCAGCGCUGGGAGUCCGGCCAGAUCAACGGGGAACAGCCGUCACAGGAAAACACCUGAACCUGGACGUCCUGUUGCUGCAACACUUCACAUAUCUACCACGCUAGAGCUGCACCUACAGGAAGAGGAAUCAAUAGAACCAACAAUCUUACAGUAGUUACAGCGAACAAAUAAAAAGUCUGGCUCUUUUAUCUCUGCUUUGUAUCUUGUGUCAAAUCUGCUUUUUUUUAAUAUCUUAUAGCACUGUUUUAUUCAGCAGUUAAAAAUAAAGACAAUCUUCAGUCAUAAA